UCAAUUCUUGUGUUUGCUGUUUGUCUUUCAGGGACGGGAGCUGAUGUGGACGCCUAUGUGCUCCACACAAACUACGAUGAAUACGCUGUCAUGAUUAUGAUCAAGAUUAGGGUCACGGGUGAAAGGAUAACUACACUCAGGCUUUACAGUCGAACCAUGACUGUGAGGCCCACUGUGCUGGAAGACUUUAAAACACUGGUCAAAGAGCAGCAACUGGGUGAAGACAACAUCAUCAUCAAAGAAGACAAAGGUAUAUGUGUUCCUGGAAAGCCGGUCACAGAGCCAGAAUCCCAACAAAACCCUCAGAGGGGGAGGAGACCGGUGGUGCCCUCUUUGUCUCCAGCAGACUUGGAAGCUUUUGAGGAUGAGGCUUCCUCUCUGUUCAAUGAUACUGGGGUGUGUGCACAAGCUCCAGAUUCUGGGCUGUGUUUCGGGUAUUUUGAGCGUUAUUUCUACAACUUCAGAAAGGGGAGGUGUGAGAUCUUCAUCUACGGAGGCUGCCUUGGCAACCAGAACAACUUCUUAACUGAAAAAGAGUGUCUGCAGAGAUGUCUCCCAUACUGAAAAAAACAAAAAAAGAUCUGUUGGGUUUAAAAUUCUGGACAUUGAUUGCUCA